UUUCUUUGUGGGAACUGACCACUGUGCAAGGACACAAAAUUGGCUGUAGAGUCACUGUUUACACACGUUUAAUGUGGGAUGUUAGGAUUUCCAAGAUACACGUGAAGGCAACAUUGCUAUUGGUUGUUUAACAUUCCAAAAUGACGGACCCGACAACGUCGCCAGAGGACCACUGGAAAACGGACGGUGCUUUCAGCGACGGCGGCUUUGACCCUACUUUCUUUCCUGAAAAUGCCCGAAAGGGUUCUAUAGUGUCCCGGGCGAACAGCAUCGGCUCGACUAGUGCCUCGUCAGUUCCAAAUACAGAUGAUGAAGACAGUGACUACCGGCAUGAGACUACGUAUAAAGAUCGACGUAGACAAGCGCACACGCAGGCUGAGCAGAAACGCAGGGAUGCAAUCAAGAAAGGAUACGAUGACCUGCAGUCAAUAGUCCCAACCUGCCAGCAGCAGUCAGAAUUUGCAGUGGGUGCACAGAAGAUUAGCAAAGCUACUGUUCUACAGAAAACAAUUGACUACAUCCAUUUUCUCCAUAAGGAAAAGAAAAAGCAGGAGGAGGAAGUUUCUCUGCUAAGAAAAGAAGUGAUGGCACUAAAAAUCAUGAAAACCAACUAUGAGCACAUAGUGAAGGCCCACCAGAACAACCCACAGCAGGGAGACGAUCAAGUGUCUGACCAGGUGAAGUUCAGCAUCUUUCAGAACAUCAUGGACUCCCUGUUCCAGUCCUUCAGUAACUCCGUGUCAGUGAACAGCUUCCAGGAACUUUCUGCCUGUGUUUUUAGCUGGAUUGAGGAACACUGCAAGCCACAGACUCUGAGGGAAUUUGUUGUCGGGGUCCUCCAGCAGCUCAAUGGUCAGCUAUAUUGAUCGAGUGCAGCUCUGGACUGAAGUCUGACAAAUUGACUUUGGGCUUGCGCUGACCUCUCAGGGUCGAUUGAAACGUUCAGCCAGCCCUGGGCCACACCACACUAUUUACACUCACUUACUGGAGUUCAUCCCUGGCUGCAAUUGGAUUACCCUCAACCCACGCUUGGACAGAGAGGAUAACUUGAGCAGUUGUAUGUAGAAGAGAUCGCUUUGUCAUCGUAAGUGUUCCUGCAUCAACAUCAACAAUUUUAUUUUGUCCAGCCUCUGUUUAUAUUUCUAUUUAUUUCUGCUAUGAAAUGCAGAGGAACCAUACGAGCUCAGAAGUUGCAUUAACUGUUAAGUCCGAAAUGAGUGUUGAUGGUAAAUACACAAGGCAGGUAAAGAGUAGUGUGGGUGUUUAUUGUUGCUCCUGUUCUGCACUACAGCAGCAGAAACUGAAGCUGCCUCUUAAAAUAAUGAAUCAGAGCUUUCUUCAGAUAGACUCUUCCCAUGCAUUUAAUAAAAGUCCGUCCAGCUGGAGACUAGAUGGACCCGACACCAAGUGUAGCUCUUUAGCCUUAUUCUGAACCAAAAAGCUCUUUUGGCUUAAAUGCACAAAUGUUGCGUUGUCUCACUCAACUGUAGCACACAAUGGACAAUGCUCCAUUAACAUACUACUGCAGAAUAACUUCUAGCUGUGCCAUCACAGUGCACACUAGGAUUUUCAUGCUUUUCUAACAAAGGUGUAAAAACUCUACAUUUAGCAACAGUGAGGUUUUUAUUGAAACAGCUGUAACAGGCCAGCUGCGAUGUUGAAUGCUGCAGUGUAGAUAAAGCUAUAGAUACAUACAGAUCUAAGAUUUGUGAAUCACUGUUUAUAUAUUAAACUUUUAUGUUGAGCUAAAACGCACAUUAUGGAGAGAGGAGGCAGAAGUUCAAUUGCAGUUUUAUCCGAUGUCAAGUGCCUUCAAAGUCAUAAUUUAAGGUGAUUUUCGGUCUUUGUCAUUGUCUUUUGUUCAUUCAAACUCUCUGGGGUGAAAAUGUCACAACUGAGAACUAUCGGUACUUGGAGAGGUCCUGAAAAGGGUCAUGCAGCUUCACUGCCUCUCUGUGCUCUGUUUUUAGCAGUUCUGUUUCUGUAGCUACUUGUUACUACUGUACUGAGAGAUGGAUCUCUCAUCAGUGGAAAAAUAAAUAUUUCAUAGACAUAUGAGAUUGUUUGCGUGAAGUGCAUUUGUGUGUAUAAUUUUGAGCACAAACAAACCUGCAGCGAAUUUUAUAACCCCAGUGUUAAGACAGUGGCAAAAGUUGAGUUUGGCUGUGUUUAGAGUAAUUAAGCUUAGGUUUUGUUGCUAUAUGGAACAUUUAAUAAAUAACAGACAGCUACAUACAGUCAUGUGAUGAAGAAUGUACAUCUCAUUUUCACUGUAGGCUCAGGAUACAAAACAUAAACCACUGCUGCCUAAAAAGUACAAAUCAUCCCUUACUUGUAUCUGAUGAGUUGAGUGUCUCAAAUAGCAAAGCUAUUGUGUAUAAAUGUACCUUUUGAAUUACAAAUUUGUUUAAUUUCAACCUUUUAUUAAAGAUGUACUUCUCGUCUCUCUUCGCGCAUUGUGACUUGGGUCCUUACUUUAGCAUUACUCAGUACUAAAGUAGCUGAGCCAGCAUCCUUUUGUUUGUUCACGUACUUGGAACAGUCACCUUACAGUCCUCGUCAGUCUCCACGCCCACUUCAUC